AUAAGAAGGAGAAAAAUCGAAGGAAAUUUCAUUACAUAGUGUAUGCACAGCCUACUUUAGAAACAUCCAAUUUCUGCGGUGUUCAACAAGUUCGGAGAUAAUUACAAAAAGUAUUGAAAGUGGAAUGAUGGACUCCAGUGACAGAGAUGAUAAAAAAGGAGAAGCCACUGAUGUCAGUAACGGCUAUCAUCCAAGGCACUCAAGCGCAACAUUGGGCUCGAGGCAAUAAUUGGUUAAGCCUUGACAGUAGCAACAUGUCUAUGUCUUCAAUUGGCCCUCAAAGUCCACUGGACAUGAAACCAGACACAGCAAAUUUGAUAAAUCCUGGCAGCUUUAGUCCUUCAGGUCCUAAUAGUCCAGGAUCCUUGAACAUUAGUUGUCCAAGCAGUAUGAUCAGCACAUCACCGGGUGGUCAGAGUAAGAGUGGUGCGGCUUCGCCUUAUCCUCCUAAUCAUCCGCUUUCGGGUAGUAAGCAUCUUUGCUCGAUUUGUGGUGAUCGGGCGAGUGGAAAGCAUUAUGGUGUAUAUAGCUGCGAGGGCUGCAAGGGCUUCUUUAAGCGCACGGUACGCAAGGACCUGACUUACGCUUGCAGAGAAGAGAAGCGCUGCUUAAUCGACAAGCGCCAACGCAACCGUUGCCAAUAUUGCCGCUACCAAAAAUGCCUGACAAUGGGCAUGAAGCGCGAGGCCGUGCAGGAGGAACGACAGCGUACCAAGGAGCGGGAGCGCGAGGCCGCAGGCCCUGGGACAGGCGCGGCCGCGGGUCCCGAGGCCGUCGAAAGCUGCACGAGCAGCUCCCAUGCGGACAUGCCCGUUGAGUUGAUCCUCGAAGCUGAGAAGCGCUUCGAGUACCUUGCGGAGAAGCAAAGCUCGUACGAGCAAUUCGGCAGCCACGGCAAUAAGCAGAUGCGCCACAUGGUCGAGUGGGCCAAGCGUCUGCCCCAAUUCACGAGCCUGCCGCUCGAGGAUCAGGCUCUCUUGCUACGCGCCGGUUGGAACGAGCUGCUUAUAGCGGCCUUUUCCCAUCGCUCGAUCGACGUCGAAGACGGCAUUGUCCUUACGACGGGUCUCACUCUCCACAAGAAUUCGGCUCAGCAAGCUGGUGUUGGCGCCAUCUUCGAACGCGUCCUCUCGGAGCUCGUCUCCAAAAUGAAGAAUAUGAAGAUGGACAAGGCGGAGCUCGGCUGCCUUCGGGCUAUCAUUCUUUUUAAUCCAGAGGUCAGAGGCCUUAAGGCACCUCAGGAGGUCGACCUACUGCGGGAGAAAGUGUACGCAGCCCUAGACGAAUACACGCGGCUGCAUUGCCCGGAUGAACCUGGACGUUUCGCUAAGCUUCUGCUGAGGCUGCCGGCAUUACGCUCUAUUGGCCUCAAGUGCGCCGAGCACCUAUUCUUUUUUCGACUGCUGGGCGACGCACCCCUCGAUGAUCUCCUCACCGACAUGCUCGAGGCGCCCUCGGAUUCGUAGUUUAUCACCCGAGACGAUGCUUACCUACCCUCUGCCUAUCCGUCAGCGUCAUCCCGCAGCUACGCUCUCCCGUCCGACUGUCCGCUCCUCGCGCUCCAUUUCACUUUCCCACUGCUCGCCGCCUCACCACAUUAAAAUUCUAUUACGAUUCUAUGCUCCGGAUCUACCGGCCUCUCAAUCUUCAAUAAUCGCUGUCACAAGCUGAUGCAAUGCUAAAUUUGAUAUUGACGCCCAUAGUCAAUGAAACGCUUAAUGACUCGGUCGCCCAUUAAACGUCAAGUCAUAUUAUCAUAUAAUUUAUUGUUUUAUUUAACUUCAAACCGUUUAAUGACAAGUCUUUUAUUUCGUUAUAGUUCCCAGAUAUCUUAUCGAUAUGAACUGAGAAUUAAAACCUGGUAGCUUCUCUUUAGCCGGUUAAAAGAGAAAAAAUAUUUAACUCGAGAAUAAUGGAAAGCAAUGUAUAAACUAUUAAUGAUAAUACAUUUAUUAUUUUUUAUUAAAAUUGAGUAAU